AUGACGUCAUCCUACCAAUGGGACCUGAACAAGCACAUCCGGACGAGUAGCCACCCUCACGCACAUCUCAUCGAACUUCCUGAACAUGUCGCCAAGGCCACUUUCCACGAGGUCCUCAAGAAAGACAGUGGCUACGACAUUGACAGCUACUUUAACAACGAACAGCAGCAGUACGAAUCAGCCAACAACUUCAAACCGGACAUCACUGCAACGAAUACCACCAGCCCAUCCCUACUUUCAUCCGUCAAAUACAAGCCAUUCAUGUGUGGCACGUGUGGGUACAGGUGCAACUGGAAGUGUGACAUAAACAGGCACAUCAAAUCGGUUCACGGUACAUCAACUAUCCGAUUUCUUACCGAAACGGUCGCCAGGGAGACAUUUCCCGACUACGAGAAACAAUACCGAAACCAGCCAUGGAAAAUGCAACAGGGUGGAAAUCUCCAGCCCAACCAACACGAGACGGUAUCAAGCGGCAACGGCAGCAGCACGCCAGGAUGUUUAUACCUGAGUGACUCUGGUUCAAAUGCAGACGGAUCCAUACUGAUGACCUACGACGGAGACUCCGGCAUGGCUUCCUUCACAACUUCACACACGGUCGAUGCAAAGAAGACGAAAAAGUUCAAAUGUUCAUCCUGUCCGUAUCGCUCGAAUUUCAGGAGCGAUGUUGGCAGACACAUUAGACACAAACACGACCGAGCUCAGUGCAAAAUUGUCGUCAUGAGCGACGAAGAGGCCGCCUCGACACUAGACGAGUACAUGAUAACUUGGGCUAGGAAAAAAUUUAUCCCGAUACCUAACAAACGUCGAUUUGUAAUUCUGAAUGAUGGCUCAGUUUCUGAGCAGUGUACUAUGACAGCGUGCCAACCAACCCUCCAACCAAUCAUCGUCUCGUCUACCACCUCGCUGAGUGCAGAUGAAAAAACUGACGGAAGGAUGGACGAGAAGAUGGAUGAAAGAAUGAACGAAGACGCGGAGAGUUGUUCGAGUUUGAAUUCAAGUCUCGACGCUAAAAGUGACAUCAACAACAAUAUCGCUGCUGCUGCUGCUGCUACUACCGCCACUACUACCGUUGACACCAACAACAGUGGCAACAAUAGCAACAACAGCAACAACAACAUUAGUAUCAACAACAACAAUAAUUACAACAAUAAUAACAUUCAAAAUAAUAAUAAUGGCAAGUCUUACAGACCAUGGUGGAAGUGCAGUAGAUGUGAUAUGAGGAACCUUUGUAAGGAAGUCAUCGUGCAACAUUGGAAGGCAGCGCACGGCAACAACAACAACAAAAAUAACACCAAUAGUAACAUCAAUAACAACUAUAAUAACAUCCACAACAACAACAGUAAUAAUAACAAUGUUAAUAUUAAUCCGAAUGAUUUUUCAUAUGAUUUUAUCUCGCCAGCUAAAAAACCACGUUUGGAUAUCAUGAGCAGCAAUACUCUUACUACUGGUACUACUGCUGCCGCUGCUACUACUACAACUGCUACUACUACUAAUAAUAGUUAUAACAAUAAUUAUAAUAUUUAUACUACUACUACUACUACUACUGAUGAAAUGAAUACUAAUAGUAAAAGUGCUCAGAUUGCAAAUACCAUUCAUAAAGGAAAUAAUAGUCUAUUUAGUUCUACUGCUACUACUACUAAUAAUACUACUAAUACUACUACUACUAUUACAACCACCACAAACGCUUCUACUGCUACUACUACUACUACUACUACUACUACUACUAACAAUAAUAAUAAAACUAGAGCCGAUUUAAUUAUAAAAGACGGCAAAAUUAUCAAAAUGGACGUAGAUGAAGACGACGACGAUGAUGAUGGUUACGACGACGAUGAUGAUGAUGAUACGAUGAAUCUAUUGAAUGAUGAUGAGUUGUACAACAACAACAAUAACAAUGAUAAUAAUGGCAAUAUGAAUGAUAAGAAUAAAAAUUGUGACGAUUUUAAGAAGAGAUUUAUGGAGAGCUUACAUCUAAUGCAAGUCGCCAAUCCCUAA